AUGACAAGUAUAGUUUAUAACCUCGUACCGCUUUUUAAUAAGAUAUUAUUAAAUAGAAGAUGGUCUUAUAUGCAAAAUAUUCACAAUAGAAGAUACUAUAAUGUUCUUUUCUUUGGUUCUGAGGCUAUAGCACUUAAUAGUUUACAAAAGGUAAACCAAUUCAGAAAAAAUGAACAAAUUAUCAAACGCCUUGACCUGGUCACUGCGAAUAACAGUACAAACAAAACAAAAAUAGAGCAGUAUGCACAUGCUGAAAACAUAAAGAUAUUGCAGUGGCCACAUUUGAACAUAAUUGAUGGUGAAUUUGAUAUAGGAUUAAUAGUAGCAUUUGGUCAUUUAAUCAAGGAAGAUGUACUCAAGAGGUUCCCAUUAGGAAUGGUUAAUGUACAUCCAAGUCUAUUACCGCGGUGGCGUGGAGCUGCGCCUAUCAUCUACACAUUGCUGCAUGGAGAUGAAGUUGGUGGUGUUUCUCUAAUGAAAAUAAAACCCAAUGUAUUUGAUGUAGGUGAAAUAAUAAGUCAAAAAAGGGUACCUAUACCCAAAGACAUAAAACUGCCAGAGUUGACCAACCAGCUGUCGGAUAUUGGGGCAGAGAUGCUUAUUGAGUGUUUAAGAUGUUUACCCUCAAGUCUACAAAAUACUCAGCCACAAAGCAAUGAAGGAGUCCUUUAUGCAAAGAAGAUAAAUAAAAGGAUUAGUGAAGUAAACUGGGCUGAAAAAAGCGCAAAAGAAGUUUAUAAUCUAUAUCGUGCCAUUUAUGGGCUAUAUGCUUUAACAACAAAGUUUAAAGACAAACAGAUGAAAUUGUUUGAUGCAUUUCUAGUUGAUACAGAUCCUGUGGUCGAGGAGAAAUCUGUUGGUACCCUUGAAUACUGUGAAAAGACUCAAGCAAUUAGAAUAUUGUGUAAGGACAAAAGGUUUAUUUAUUUCAAAUCUCUUAGAAUAGUAGGCAAAAGAGAAAUAUCCGCUUUAGAUUUUUAUAAUGGAUAUAUUAAGAACAUGUUAGAUAAGAGAAAAUAUGUUGUAGUUUAGGUGUUGUUUGUUAAAUUAAACACAUUGCAA